ACCUUCCUUUGAUCACCAUUUCAGGGUCUUGGAAGUCUGAUGUUAUGACUGUCUAGAGCAGGAAGCUCCGUAGGCAGGGACUAUAUCUUUCAUUUAUUUCCUCCAGCACAAUGCUUAAUGCAUAUUCAGUUAGAAUGUGCUAUGAACUCUGAAUGACUGUCUCAGGAAAUCCCUCAGGGUGAAGCUUAAGGCAGCUCUCUUUUAAUUUUAUUCCUUGAGUGAUAGAAAACAUGGGUGGGGAGACAGGGAUGGAUGGUGGUGAUAGAGGAAACUAGUAGGAAAUUCUGGAAGAGGCAGCUGGGGGUGGGGGGGUGCGGUGCUCCUAUCUUUGUUCAAAGAAUUGCUGAAUGGGCUCUUUAGCUGGAUCUGGGACUGGCCUCUGAAUCACCACAGGCUGGGCUCCACCUGGCUCCCCCCCCCACCUCCUCCUGCCAAUCAGGACUUUCUCCAUACCCAGAACCCUAGAGAGUUUAUUUACUUCUAAAUUCACAUCUUUUGCAAACAAAGUCUCCAACGAAGGCCCCCCAUUUAAGUCCUCACUCCACCAACGCACCUAGAUAUGGCUCCACUAGUCUCCCAUUGGCUACUCCCAGCUUACCAACAGGACUGCAGCUAAUCUAUCUAGUGCACCCUUUCCCACCCUUUUCAUGUACCCCGCCUCCUCAGUGGCCCCACCUCCUAGAGGGCCUGCCUUCCAGGGCCCCUGCUAAGAUCCAAUCUAAGUCCUGAUUCUGGCUUGCCAAGCUCCUUACCUCUCCCUGGGUUUGACUUGCACUUUCUUCUCAGGUCUUUCCCCUCUGAGGCAGAACAAGUCCAUGGGUGGUCCACCAUCACCAGAGAGGAGUUGAAGAUAUUCUUCCCCCAUGCUGAAGGAGCAAGUUAUCUAUUUUUUACAGCUGUGAAGGCUUUAAGGAGGGAUAGCACAUAGAAGAAAAAAUAUGAAGCAGUAGCUGUGAAGCCUGAGCAAUGGAACCUGGCAGCCCCAACCCAACUCAGUUUAACUCAGCCUCACCAAACCUGAUUCCAGACUCAUGGCACCUGAACUUGCUACAGCUCUCUGAUCCCAGAAUCCUCUUCAAUUCCAGCUAGAAUGCUGUGUCUGGCACUUCGCAGAUUUGGUCAAAAGCUGGUACGCAGACAUAUGCUGGAGGAAUAUGCGGCCGAUAUGGGCCCUGACAGAAGGCUGACCACCCUAGAUUUAGUGGCCCUGGGUGUGAGCUGCACAGUGGGUGUAGGUAUAUAUAUCCUGGCUGGUGAGGUGGCUAGAGAUAAAGCAGGACCAUCCAUCGUGAUCUGCUUGUUGGUGGCCGGCCUAUCUUCUGUGUUGUCUGGGCUGUGCUAUGCAGAGUUUGGUGUCCAGGUUUCCUAUUCUGGCUCUUCAUAUCUCUACAGCUAUGUCACUCUAGGUGAACUAUGGGCUUUCAUCACUGGCUGGAACCUCAUCAUCUUCUUUGUUGCUCAUACAGCCACUAUGGCCCAGGCUUGGACCUUAGCUUUCGACAAUCUGCUUGGGAACCAGAUAUCUCAGACCCUGCAUGAGAGCAUCUCACCAAAUGUUCCCCAGGUCCUUGGAGAAAUUCUAGGAUUCAUUGUUGUGGGCCUUGUGUUGUUGCUCAUGGAAUUGUUGAUUCUGAGGAGUAGUUGGAUUUUCCUGGUUUCCAAAGUGGUCAUAUUGGUGAAACUUUUGACCCUCACUUUUGUCAUCAUUGCUGGCUUCAUUAAGGGGGACCUGCACAACUGGAAGCUCACAGAAGAGGACUACGUAAAGGCUGGACUCAAUGACACCUCAAGCUUAGGCCCUCUGGGCUAUGGAGGAUUUGUGCCUUUUGGCUUCAAGGGGAUUCUCCGUGGAGCAGCUACCUGUUUCUAUGCAUUUAUAGGUUUCACUAUUAUUGUUACCAGAGUCGAAGAAGCCCGAAAUCCCCAGUAUUCUGUCCCCAUGGGCAUUGUUAUUUCACUGUUUAUCUGCUUUUUGAUGUAUUUUGGUGUCUCUUCAGCACUUACACUUAUGGUGCCUUACUACCAGCUCCAACCUGGGAGCACCUUGCCUGAGGCAUUUCUCCAUGUUGGCUGGGCCCAUGCCUGCUAUGUUGUAACAUUUGGAUUCCUCUGUAGUCUUUCCAUCAGCAUCUUUGGCUUUAUGUUCCCCAUACGUAAUCUGAUAUACAUGAUGACACAGGAUGGGCUCCUGUUCCCUGUCCUUGCCAGGAUCCAAACUGGCACAGACACCCCCAUCGUGGCCACUGUGAUCUUGAGCAUUAUUGCAGCCAUCAUGGCCUUCUUCUUUAGACUCACUGAUCUUGUGGACCUCAUGUCAGUUGGGGCCCUGCUAGCUUACUCUUUGCUGGCUACUUGUGUUCUCAUCAUCAGGUAUCAGCCUCAGAGGAGGACUGGAGGAAAUGAAGCAGAGGGGCAGGAGGAGACUAGACCUGCAGCAGAGCAGCUGACUCUACAGGGACUAUUUUAUCCAGGCAGCUCCACCCCCACUCCACUCUCUGGCCAGGUUGUCUAUGUUUGCUCCUCACUGCUUGUUCUGCUGCUCACUCUUCUUUGCCUGGUGCUGACCCAGGGGCCAGUUCUGCUUUCUGGAGACCCAGUGUGGAUUUCAGUGGUUGUGGUGCUCCUGGUGCUCAUCAUUGGGAUCACUGGGGUCAUCUGGAGACAGCCACAGAGCUCCAGUCACCUUCCCUUUAAGGUCCCUGCUCUGCCUCUCCUCCCACUACUGACCAUCUUUGUGAAUGUUUGCCUUAUGAUGCAGAUGACAGCUGACACCUGGGCCCUGUUUGGUGUCUGGAUGCUUAUUGGGUUUGCUAUCUACUUCAGCUAUGGGAUCCAGCACAGCCUGGUCAAUUAAUCCCACUUCAAUUAAGGUCAGAAGUGUACACCUUGAACUCAUUAGUGCCAGUACAGAUUUGGCUUGGCAUCAUCACACGUGAGUGCAGUCAGGUCCCCCUGCAUAAUAUGGAGAGUACUCUUGAGCACAUGGAAAGCUGGGCCUCCAUGGAAUGGUGGUAGGGGAAAGAGCUCUGUGUGUAUUGUGUAGUGAAGAAUGUGUCUUCUCCUCCUAUUUUUUUCUUUUUUUUUUACUUGUGUACUUUUCAAUUGUGUCUGUACUGCAUACUGACUUUAAACAAGUUAUUAUUAAAAGAAACUAGAAAAAA